AUGACUGGACCCAGCCAUGAAUAUAACUCUGUACUUCAGCGCUGUCGACUAGGGCCUACAUCAUACCCCCAUGUCUGCCAGGUGGGUGACCCAGUGCUUCGAGUCCAGGCUGCAGUAGUGGACCCUGAGACCGCACAUGGUCCGGAGGCUCAGGUGGUGAUCCGCACCAUGGUGAAGGUGAUGCAGAAGUUUGAAUGUGUGCAUCUCAGCCAAGGCCUGAAUGAGAAGGCAGAGCCUGUGACCUGGCAAGUGAGCGGGUGGCCCGCACACAUCCUACAGCUUGAGAUGGAUCACUUGGAUGGAGUCCGGUACAUUGACCGCAUGGACAGUAAAACCUUCAACGUGAAAUGGGCAGCACAGAACGAGUAGCAGUUUCAAACUAACCUUGUCACCCUGAUUGAGCACUAAGACAACUUCUUGGACAUAAUAUACAACAGACCAUGAAGAAACCUUUCUUACUGAUUCUUUAUUAAUACAUUUAUUUAUGAA